AUGACAAACGGGCAAUAUUCAUGUCAAAUUAUAAAUCAUUGUUUCCCGCGAUAUUCUGGUUAACGAAACCCCACAUACCCCCACCUUUUCCUUCUUUUUACCUUUUACCUUCAACCAUACCAUGUCUGUGCCAAAGUUUGAAACGCUCGAAAUCACCCUAUUCCCCAGUGGUGUCUGUGAAAUGGCCUUCAAUCGGCCUCACAUUCUCAACGCACUUUCUGCACAAACCUAUCAAGACUGGCUAAACUUUGUGAAAUGGGCAGCAGCAGCGGAUUCGGUAAAGGUGGUAGUGUUUAUCGGACGAGGUAGAUUUUACAGCGCCGGACAAGAAUUGGCAAAGCCCGACUUCUCGCCUCAGGGCGUGGCUAAAAACAGUGAGCGCCGUGAAGUUGUAAAGGGUCUUGUACACGAACUUAUCAAGUUCCCCAAGCUUUUAAUCGCGGCUGUGAAUGGUGGUGCCUAUGGAUUUGGCGUCACAACGUUGGCUCUUUGCGAUGUUGUUUAUUGCGUUCCUUCCGCAACGUUCACUACUCCCUUCAUGAAGCUCGGUUUUGCCGCUGAAGGCUGUUCUUCCUACUUGUUCCCCAAGAUCAUGGGACACUCUCGUGCUAAUGAAAUGCUGCUGAUGGGCCGGACCUUUUCAGCACAAGAAGCCAUUGAAUCUGGUUUCGUAUCUCGUUCCUAUCCUGAGGAGGGCUUCCGUGAAACCGUCCUUGGUCUCGCUGAAGAUGCUGCCAAAUUCUCUGCUGACGCCCUUGCUGUCACAAAGAAGCUCACGCGUGACGCUGAACGCGACCUCUUGCAUAGAGUGAAUGAAGAAGAAAUGGCUCGCUUGACCGAACGUAAUGCUAGCAAAGAAUCUAUUGAAACCGUUAUGCGAUUUGCCGAGGAAGCCGAACGCAAGCGUGAGGAAAAGCGAAAGGCAAAGGAACAGAAAAGCAAACUUUAACUUAAUGAAAUUCAUACACAUUUAUUUACCAUUUCAAUAUCAUCAAAACCCAAGCAUCCAAAAUGUAGUACCUUGUGAAUCAACGGUAACUGAGCUUAUUGACAAUGCAUAUUAAACUGCAUAAUGUGUAUAAUUGGAGAUUACCAGGGCUUUCUGAUGUUACAAUAUCAGAUAUAUA